UGCAGCUGUAGCGGAGAAGCGGUGUGAGAAGGCAGACAACUCAUAGACAGAGAAAAAAAAGAGUGUGUGUGAGAGAAGCGUGAAGGAUUCAUAAGCAAUUACCAAAAUAUAAUUAUUAAAAAAAUAACAGACUGUCAGUGUUGAAAAAUCAUUUGAAGAUUCCGUUGCAAUGUCCCACCAGACAGGGAUCCACGCGACGGCGGAGCUGAGGGAGUUCCUGGCCAAGGCGAGAGCUGGGGCCAUCAGGCUCAUCAAGGUGGUCAUCCGGGACGAGCAGCUGGUGCUGGGGGCAUACAGAGAGCCGUCACAGAGCUGGGACCGGGACUAUGACCACUUCCUACUUCCUCUGCUGGACGCCAAGGAGCCCUGCUACAUCCUGUAUCGCCUGGACACCCAGAAUGCACAGGGCUACGAGUGGAUCUUCAUCUCCUGGUCACCUGACCAGUCCCCGGUCAGACAGAAAAUGCUGUAUGCAGCCACUCGUGCAACAGUGAAAAAAGAGUUUGGAGGGGGUCAUGUCAAGGAUGAAAUAUUUGGCACAGUGGAGGAAGAUGUCUGCCUCCAGGGUUACCAGAGACACGUGACCUCAUGCUCCGCCCCCGCGCCACUGACGGCAGCCGAACAGGAGCUGCAGCAAAUCAAAAUCAAUGAGGUGAAGACAGAGAUCAGCGUAGAGAGUAGGCACCAGACCAUGCAGGGCCUGGCGUUCCCUCUGCAGGAAGAGGCCCGACAUGCCCUGCAACAGCUCACAGAGAGACGCAUCAACUACAUACAGCUGCGGCUGGACACGGAGCGGGAGACCAUUGAGCUGGUCCACACCAACCCCACGGACGUCAGCGAGCUUCCGCGGAGAGUGCCCACAGACACGCCACGCUAUCACUUCUUCCUCUACAAGCACUGCCAUGAGGGCGAUUACCUGGAGUCUGUGGUGUUUAUCUACUCCAUGCCUGGGUACAGCUGCAGCAUCAAGGAGAGGAUGCUGUACUCCAGCUGUAAGAGUCGGCUGCUGGAUGAGGUGGAAAGGGACUACCAGCUGGAGAUUGCUAAAAAGAUGGAGGUUGACAGUGGUGAGGAGCUGACAGCAGAGCUGCUGUAUGAGGAGAUCCACCCCAAGCAGCACGCCUUCAAGCAGGCCUUCGCCAAGCCCCGCGGACCGGCCGGCAAGCGCGGCAACAAGAGGCUAAUCAAAGGCCCGGGCGAGAAUGGGGAGGAGAACUAGAGAGGGGGAGGGCGGGGCUCGGCCCGUCCACAUCCUGUCCCCGGUCCUGCCCCUGACCCCCUCCCGAAGUGGGACACACCUCCAGUGCGGUCUGUGUCCCUCCAGCUCCCACCAGUGGAAGGACGGGAAGGAAAUAGAAGAUUCUAUCCUUGUUUUUACUUUUUUUUCUCCUUGUGUUAUUAACAGUGUUUUCAAGUGUUUCACACAUAUAUGCAAAAUAGGGAUCAGCACGGAAGCUCAAAGGAUCUCUCUCUCUCUUCCUCACACACACACAUACACACACACACACAUACAUACAAACACUUUCUCUGACUCCCUCACACUUACAGCCAUACACACAUACCAUCUCUGUCCCCACAUACACAAACACACCCCAUCUCUCUUUUUCUCUCUCA